UGGAAGCAAUAUCAAUGGCGGAAACUGCUAAGGUCGACAGAAAGGAUAGGAGGAGGAAAAUGGAUUUCAGAAAGAUGGAAAGUGGCAAUGAAGACGAACAAGUCGAGCAAUUGCUGCAAGCUGCUCAGGAUGAUCUCAUGCUGAAAUUGAGCGUCGAUUCACACAUGUCGCGUGUAUCCCCAAACUAUCUCGAUUCCGAUCUCGAUCGCCGAUUUCAAGCCCUAAGAUCGCGACCUUCCUCCGCCGCCGCCGCUUCCCGCAAUCCUCGCCCUUCUCAGCCGCAUCAUCAAUCCGAUUCCUCGUCGCGGCCACCGCCGAUUGAAAAUCUUGUCGUCGAUGGCGAAUCUCAGUCGAUUCUCGGUGACGAUCUCGCUGCUAGAUUCGCUGCUUUGAAGGCGUCUUUGCCUUCCUCGAUUACUCCGCCUCCGUCUUCGAUACCUAACGAUGUCGAUAGCGAUGACGAAGAGGAUGAGGUUGAGAAGCUGAUUCAGUGGGCCAAGGAUGCCGCUCGUCUCGAUCCUUCGCCUCCGUCUGAGGAAGACGAUGAAGACGAUGACGACGAGGAGUUCAACAGUUCCGAUGAAGAUAUCGACGAUCGGAAAAAAGAGCGUCGGAAAAAGAAGGCCACAUGAGCGUUAAACCUGCUGUUAGGGCAUUCGAUUGACAGAUUUUGGGAAUUAGAAAUUCAUGAUUCGCACAUCGGAUGCAGUUCGGACUUCGGUUGAACUAGAUCGCGACAAGGUAAGGAUCACCGGCUUGGUGGCUGAUCGCCCUUACAAAAUACAUUAGAACAUUCAUCUUUAACCUGCAUUUUUCUUCUUUCAAAUCUCCAUGAAAAUCCUUGUAUUCCAUUACAUUUAAUGCAGGUGAGAAAUAUAAUCAUUUAGCAAAUGUUUUUGAAA